AUGACUGUUCCCAAUGGCACCAAGGCCGGUAAGCCGGUACUCUUCUUUGACAUUGAUAACUGUCUCUACCCAAGAAGCACCAAAGUGCACGAUCUCAUGGCUGAGCUGAUUGACAAGUACUUUGAAAAGCAUCUCAGCCUGCCCUUUGACGAGGCCGUCAAACUCCACAAAGAAUAUUACACCAACUAUGGAUUGGCUAUUGAAGGGCUGGUUCGUCACCACCAGAUUGACCCCUUGGACUACAACGCCAAGGUCGACGACGCUCUGCCUUUGGAGGGCAUCAUCAAGCCCAACCCAGAACUGCGCCAGCUGCUCGAGGAUAUCGACCGGAGCAAGGUGAGAGUGUGGCUUCUCACCAAUGCCUACGUCAAUCACGGCAAGCGAGUCGUGAAACUGCUCGGAAUCGAGGAUCAGUUUGAAGGCCUCACAUUUUGCGAUUACGGCGAAAUGCCCUUGAUCUGCAAGCCUCACGAAGACAUGUAUAAAAAGGCCAUGAGGCAUGCCGGAGUGGAUCAAGCGGAAGACUGCUAUUUCGUUGACGAUAGCUACGCUAAUUGCGCCGCUGCGAAGAAGCUGGGCUGGACGGCAGCGCACCUGGUGGAGGAAGAUAUCCCAGUUCCCAAGAUUCAAGCGUCGCAGUAUCAGAUCCGCCACCUACGCGAGCUGCGACAAGUCUAUCCCCAGUUUUUCAAGAGCACUUCUGCUGAAUCUUGA